GCGGGCAACGAGUCAUCUGGCACGACAGCGGGCAACGGGUCACCAAGCUCAACAGCGGGCAACGAGUCAUCUGGCAGAACAGCGGGCAACGAGUCAUCUGGCAGAACAGCGGGCACCGAGUCAUCUGGCACGACAGCAGGCACCGAGUCAUCUGGCACGACAGCGGGCACCGAGUCAUCUGGCACGACAGCGGGCACCGAGUCAUCUGGCACAACAGCAGGCACCGGGUCACCAAGCUCAACAGCGGGCAAUGAGUCAUCUGGCAGAACAGCGGGCAACGAGUCAUCUGGCAGAACAGCGGGCACCGAGUCAUCUGGCAGAACAGCGGGCAACGAGUCAUCUGGCACGACAGCGGGCAACGAGUCAUCUGGCACGACAGCGGGCACCGGGUCACCAAGCUCAACAGCGGGCAACGAGUCAUCUGGCAGUACAGCGGGCAACGAGUCAUCUGGCAGAACAGCGGGCAACAAGUCAUCUGGCAGAACAGCGGGCACCAAGUCAUCUGGCACGACAGCAGGCACCGAGUCAUCUGGCACGACAGCGGGCACCGAGUCAUCUGGCACAACAGCAGGCACCGAGUCAUCUAGCAGAAACGCGGGCACCGGGUCAUCUGGCAGAACAGCGGGCAAUGGGUCAUCUGGCAGAGCAGCAGGCAACGAGUCAUCUGGCACGACAGCGGGCAACGAGUUAUCUGGCUGGAUCGGGCAUCCAGGCAUCAGGCUG